UGGACAGGGUGUCAUAGAUCCACCGCAGAGAGAAAAAUGGAGAUGCUCAUAAAUGACGAUGCCCAGACCUACAGAGUACACAGAUCCCCCAAUGACAAAGAUGAACCAGAAGAUAUCAACACAGACUUGAGCAAGAACACCAAGAAAGCUAGAAAUCACAAAAUCUUUGGCUUCUACAAGCUUGCAGUGGUGUUGCUUGGGCUGCUGUGUCUUCUCCUGUUGGCUGUCAUCAUAGGACUGUCCAUCAAGACCACUGAAGCAAGACAUCAGUUAGAGCUCAGUCACAAUAAACAGGAUAAAGAGAAACACCAGCUCCUGGCUCUUUGCAACAAUUUGACUGGAGAGAAAGACCAACUACAAACAAGCUUUAACAACUUGAAAAGAGAGAAAUCCCAAUUACAGACUCAGUACAGUAUCCUGAAGAACAAGACAUCUCAGACAGAAGCCCAAUACGACACUUUGGCUAAAGAAAGAGAUGAACUGCAGACGUUCUUCACCGGUCACAAUAAGCAGGCUGAACACAACCAGCUACAGGCUCUUUACAACAAUUUGACAGCAGAGAAAGACCAACUACAAACCAGUUUCAAUUAUCUAAAUCGAACAAUGUCCCACUUACAGACUCAGUACAGUAUCCUGAAGAACAAGACAUCCCAGACAGAAUCCCAAUACGACACUUUGGCUAAAGAAAAAGAUGAACUGCAGAAGUACUUCAUUAAACACGAAUCCAUGAUGGAGAUCAAGAAAUGUGCAGUGGAUGUGACCCUGGAUCCUGAUACGGCACAAUUUAAACUCAUCCUGUCUGCUGAUGGUAAAGAAGUGAACCAUGGAAACACACGACAGAAUGUCCGUGACAGCCCAAAGAGGUUCGGUCCUGUUAUAUGUGUCUUGGGAAAACAGGGCUUUUCCUCUGGUAAAUUCUACUAUGAGGUUCAGGUCGAGGGGAAGACUGAUUGGACGUUAGGAGUGGCCAGAGAGUCCAUUACCAGGAAGGGGGUGGUAAGCCUGACCCCUGGGAAUGGAUACUGGACAAUAUGGCUGAAAAAUGAGACCGAGUAUAUGGCAAAAAAUGACAUACCUGCCCCCCUCUUCCUGAAAGAGAAGCCCCAAAGAGUGGGGGUGUUUGUGGACUACGAGGCUGGUCAGGUCUCCUUUUAUGAUGCUGACAGUUGGUAUCAUAUGUACUCUUACACCAGUGUUCCCUUCACAGAGACUCUCCAUCCAUUCUUCAGCCCCGGUAAUAAUUACGGAGGUAAAAACGCCUCCCCUCUGAUCAUCACUCCAGUCUGUCUGACCACAUCAUAAUCAAAUCCAAGAUUUUUUCCCUCUGUUCCUUAAAGGGACACCAGGCAAGCCUGAUGCUUUUUCUCUACGAAACUCCCCCUCGCUCGGU